UGAUAAAACACCUAAUCGGGAGUUUCAGUAAUCGUAAUGAGUUACUGGUUGGAAUAGUCUUGAAGCGUUGUUGUAGCUUUCGUUAUUAUAGCCCCCUCCGUCCAAACUGUCAGUGAAUUAAAAGACUUUGAGAUCAGUGAUUGAACAUCGACUGAGUAUCAUCCAUGGCGAUCAUCCUUUUUUUGAUUCAAGUAUUGCCUUGUAUCACAUUGAUACUGGCGCAGCCGCAAUAUCCUAACGUCAAUAUAAACAUUUUGUAUCAACCAUACGACGCAGCUUAUAACGCGAAUCUGCCCGCAUCGCCGCCGUGUUUACUGCGAGGCCAAUCAGUCACCAAAAGAGAUGACUACACGUACACGUCGGGUAUCGGUGGCUACAAAGUUCACACGCGAGCGGUUCUAUGGAACGAAGCUCGAAUCACUUGCGAAGAGGAAGGUGGGCAUUUGGCUAUAUUUAACUCCGUAGCCGAAGCAAAUGCGGUAACUCAGCUGUACAAGAAGUCGCCGGCUAUCACUGGAUCACCUCUACCACAGUUUGCUGGCAUUGGGUUUCACGACCUUUAUCGCGAAGGUCAAUACGUUACAAUUCACGGUCAGACGUUGGCGAAAGCUGGAUUCACGCAAUGGGCGCCUGGACAACCAGAUAAUAUAUACGACGGAAAGCCGGAAAAUUGUGGAUCCUUGGACAAAAAUGGGGGACUUAACGAUAUUGGUUGCGAUGUUCCAAUUGGUUUUGUAUGCGAGCUGCCAGCCUAUUGA